UCAGCAGAAAGAUGGAGGCAGGGCUUUAGCUAAUUGAAAAGAUCGAACCCAAUCGCCGUGGGACGUUUCGUUUUGUUAGCCGGCAAAAUCAGUUGAAACUGAAGCGUUGUCGGUAACGGAACGCGUGUGGCAUUCGGAAGCCGGUACAGAUAUAGAAAUAGAAUCGCUCACUCUUCUGGGAAUACAUUAAACGACAUUGGCUAUCAAUUGGACAAUUUAUAGGGUGGCGUUAAUUGUCCCAUCGCCGAGCUUCUGUUGUCAUUUAACUUUCAUUGUGUAUUUUACGUAAGCAAUAGUAAAUGAUAAAAGGGUCAAUUGGGUCAAGUGCUCUAAAUUGAAUGUACAGAAAAGUUGACAUGUGGCACUCUAUGCUCUGGUUGCUCCUACUCUGGCCAGUUGCCACAAAAACUGAGUCCAUAUGCGAAUCUCUAGAGAUACGGCAACUCUCAGAUUUUGAAAAGCUGAGAAACUGCAGCAUUGUUGUAGGUCACGUACGAAUCGCGAAUCUUCAGCUGCCCGGCAAUGUUAGCCUUGCAGAUCUACGCUGUGAGGUUACCGAGAUCACCGACUAUCUUAUGAUUUAUCGCUCAACGGGUUUGUUCACUUUGGAGUCGAUAUUCCCCAAACUGCGUAUUAUUCGUGGCCAGAAUUUGCUCCUUGAUCGAUAUGCUCUCACAGUCUAUGAGAAUCGUAAUCUCAGGGAACUGGGACUUGUUGAACUAUUGCGCAUUCAGAAGGGUUUCAUUAGGAUCGAAAGUAAUCCCAUGUUGUGCUUUGUGGAGACCGUCGAUUGGAUCUAUUUGCUCGGCAAUAGUACAACACAGCAUUUUGCCAUAAAGCAUAACAAAUCGCCGAAUCAUUGUCCUGUUUGCGGAGGAAGGUCCGCAGAUUAUUCCUAUCGCGUCAAGAAGACCAUCAACUGCUGGAACAUGCAUACUUCGCAACGGCGCCUGAUUCCGCCCAAAACAGAGGGCUGUCCAAAGAGUUGUGGUAGCAAUGGCUGUGAUUCCAAGGGCAAUUGUUGCAGUCGCAAUUGCAUAACGGGCUGUUCCACUCAGAAUUGUACACUGUGUGCUAACUUUUUGCGCAAUGGUCGCUGUGUGGAUCAGUGCUAUGCCAGCUAUGAGCUAAACAAAAGGAAAUGCGUCUCAGCUAAGGAAUGUCGACAGCUGAAUCUUAUACCAUUGACCCAAGGUUAUCGAUGUGUCGAUCAUUGCCCAAAUAAUCAUAAGCCUGUUCUUGGUGGUAACGGGACUUUGCAAUGCCAGAUGGAGUGUAAGGGCGUGUUCCAUGUGAAACGUGCAGCGGAUCUGGAUCAAUUGCAGGAUUGUGUGACCAUUAAUGGAUCGCUGAUUAUAGAGCUGGUGGAUAUAAAGGAGAAAGUAAUUUCUGCCUUGGAGCAGGCCUUGGAUAAAGUUAAGGAGAUUACAGGGUAUCUGAAGGUCCAACAUUCCGCCCCGCUGAUGUCACUGUCAUUUCUAAAAAACUUGGAUACUAUAAGAGGCGAUGAGCUAAUUGAAAACAAAUACGUCUUGUCGGUAAUGAACAAUUAUCAUUUGGAGCACAUCUGGAAAGCUAAUCGCCAAGUAGCCCUGCAACGUGGCACCAUCUUCUUUCAUCUGAAUCCACGUUUGUGUUAUGAUAAGAUUCUGAAGCUGCAGUCUUCGAUAAAGAGUGGACUUAAGAUUUCCAUAGCAGAUGUGUCUCCAAAUUCAAAUGGCGAGCGUGUCGUUUGUGGAAAUUCGAUUCGUUCCUUGGAUCCACAAGUAGAGGAUGUUAAUUCCACAGCUGUGCGCAUUGUGCUGGACUAUAUGAUGUGGGAUGAUAUUGAAACCUUGAUCGGUUAUUCCUAUCACUAUAUGGAAGCGCCACACACUAAUGUUACUAUGUAUGAUGGACGUCAUGGCUGUGGGCAUGAUAAUUGGUUAAUGGAUGUAUCGCCCACCAAGAAUCGUCGUCAUGUCAUUUCUAAUCUAAAGCCUUAUACACAAUAUGCCUAUUUUGUGAAGACUCUGACACGUACCGAUUACCAUAUGCAAAUUGAUGCCUACUCCACAAUUCAAUAUUUUCGCACACUUCCUAGCAAGUCGAGUCCUGUGAGCCAUGUCUUUGGUACUUCGGAUUACAGCACCCAGAUUACGGUGAACUGGUGGCCACCGCGUCGUCCGAAUGGUAACAUAACCAGGUACAUUGUCAACUAUGAGCUGCAUAAUCUCACAGAGCCGGAGGCUAAUGGUAAGAAUUAUGCCAAUGUCAAGCCAUUCAAUAUCAACGAUGUCGACUGUGAGUGUUAUGAUCUGGAACCGUAUUAUUCGGGUCCACAGCCGGAGGAUGAGAAUUAUUACAACAAGGAGCAGAGCAUCUACGAGGACGCAUUGCCAGAUCUCAUUUACGUCUCACGUCGCAAUCUUGAAAAAAAGAAGGAAAAGUUUGGAAAGGUUAAAGAUUUUGAAGAUCUUAUCGCUGGUCGCCCUAUCGAAUCAAUGGUCAACAGUAAGAAAACUUCUACAACGACGUCAGCAACAACAACCACAUCAACAACAACAACAUCCACAACUACAACAACAACCACAACCCCAAAAACACCAGUAACUCAAAGCAGUUUAGCUGCCGAUGCUAUACAAUCGACUACUAUGGAAGAUCCAGAGAUACAAUAUGAAAAGUACCGUCAAUAUGUGGAGGAGAAAAUGCGAAUGGCACAGGAUACAGACUUAGAGGAGUUUGUAAUUCUGCAUGAUAUGCCAAAAUGCGAUAAUGCCAACGCUUCAAUUGCCAAUCAAUUGGAACAGAAAUGCGUUGUGGAAGAGGAACUCAGUGGCAUUAGUUUGUCUGGUUCGCAGCUUUAUUAUAAUCUAACUAAACUACAACCCAAUCAGUAUUAUCGGGUUUCUGUUCGGGCUUGUGUCGAUGGUGUUAUCAAUGGCUGUUCCAAUCCGGCAACAAUUCUAGUGAAGACCAUGAGCAUUGAGGUAGAACAAUUUUUGAAUGGCAACUGAAAUGCUGUAGUAAGACCGUAGAUCGUAGAUCUUUAAAAAAAAGCAGAUCUAACGAACUUCUCAGAGUGCCAGUGAUAAUCAACAAUCGAAUAAAAGUUAAAGCGUGUUUAUUAAUGUUCAGACUGGUUAUAAACGAUGAGAUUUUUUCUAUGGAUCCGUCAAACCGAAACUUUUAUGCUUCCUAUCUGUCUUAAGUGGAUAACAACUAAGAAUUUUUAAAAUUUUUUUUUAAAUGUUACAGCUUUGAAUGGAAAUUAUCUAGUGAUAUUAAUGUGUAUGUAAAUUAUAUGUUAACUGAGUAUUAGAAUGUGUAAAACGUAAUUGUGAAAGUUCCUCUCAAUAGGAGUAUAAAUGAAAUUUGAAAAUCCUUUUAUCUAUGGUAA